CACGUAAGGAGGCCCCCGGCCUGGUCUAUGCUCUUGCGCUCGCAAACAGUCGUCAUGGACCAGAAGUCUGGGGAAACGGACGAGGCCUAUCAGGCCCGGAUGCUGCUUCUGAUUACCGAAGCCAAGCAACGGUCGGAUGCAGUAGCAGCCGCAGCAAAGAAGAAGGCAGAGGAUGCCGAGAAGGCACGUCUAUUGGCAAUUGAACAGCAGCGCCAGCAAGACGAGGCAGCAGCAAAGGCUGCCGAUAAAGAACUACUUCAACGACGCGAGAAGAUAUUCAGCGGAGAGCGAGCAUUGCUCACAAUGGCAGUGGACUGGCGGGCCGAGGCUGAGAAUGGGAAGUUGGAAGAGAGUGGAAACAAGAUCGCUCUACUCCUCUCCCAUCUCACGGACCUCCUGGCCACGUGCAUUGCACAUCAAGAGGACAUUCACAACCUCGACGAUGCAGUUCAGACACACAAUCAGGUGUUUGACCAACUCACCAGCCGCCUCCAGCAGAUGGAACAAACCGUCGCCGCCCCCGUUGCCAGCUCUUCCAACACCUCCGAUCGCCUCGAGGCAUUGGAGAUUGACGUCGGAUCCCUCAAGGACGGCAUUCAGUUACAGCAAAACGCCACGCAACAGUUGGAGCAGCGGAUCUGUAUUGCCGCCACUCACUCGAGAUCGGAACCGUGCGAGACAACUCCAAAGUUCAAUGAUCGGGAGAUCUUUUGCGACUCGACGAAGACGGACCCGAUUCCGUGGUUCCGUAAGUUCGAACUCAAGUUGCAGCUACACUACGUCAGCGAGCACAAGCAUCACGAGUACUUAUACUCCCGCUCGGGGGGCGCGUGCCAAGCAUGGUUGGACAAGCUCCUGUCCAAAUUUCGAUCCGACUAUCACUACAAAUCCGCGUUCAAGACGCGGUACGAGCAUUUUGAGUGGGUGGUCAUGCCUUUUGGCCUCACCAACGCCCCGACGACCUUUCAAGCGCCAAUGACCAACGAGUUUCGUGCGAUGUUGGACCGGUUCGUGCUGGUCUACUUAGACGACAUUCUCAUCUAUAGCCGGUCAUUGGAGGAUCAUCUUGAGCACCUUCGACGAGUGUUGGAGACGCUCCGCCUCGCCAAGUACAAGGCCAACCGCAACAAGUGCGAAUUUGUCCGGCAAGAGUUGGAAUACUUGGGCCAUUUUGUCACAUCGGAGGGCAUCAGUCCGCUAUCGGACAAGAUUCAAGCCAUCCAAGAGUGGCCGGAGCCGCAGAACAUCACGGAUAUCUGUUCGUUCCUUGGCCUUGCCGGUUACUACCAACGUUUUAUCGAGGGAUACUCGAAGAUUGCGGCCCACUUGUCCAAGCUUCAAUGCGAGGAUCGGCCAUUUGACUUCGGGGAGGAUGAGCGGGAAUCAUUUUUGGCUCUCAAAGCCGCGCUAUUAUCUACGGAGGUCUUGCGCAUAUACGACCCGCUAUUGCCAACACGCAUCACUAUGGAUGCCUCCGGCUAUGGCAUUGGUGUCGUCCUCGAGCAACACGAUGGCGUGGACUGGCACUCGGUCGAGUACUUCAGCAAGAAGUGUCCGUCAUGCACUUCAUUGGCGAUGCACGCAAGAAGGAGCUCCUAGCCUUCGUCCACGCUCUCAAGCGGUGGCGGCACUUCCUCAUUGGUCGAAGUCAAUUCCGA